UUUAGGGUUGUUCAAACAAUUCUUUUGAACUCAAGAAAACUUAACACAUACACUGAUCAGCCACAACAUUAAAACCACUGACAGAUGAAGUGAAUAACAUUUAUUAUCUCAUUACAAUGGCACCUGUCAAGGGGUGGGAUAUAUUAGGCAGCAAGUGAACAGUCAGUUCUUGAAUUUCAUGUUUUGGAAGCAGGAAAAAUGGGCAAGCGUAAGGAUCUGAGUGACUUUGACAAGGGCCAAAUUGUGAUGGCUAGAUGACUGGGUCAGAGCUUCUCCAAAACGGCAGGUCUUGUGGGGUGUUCCCGGUAUGCAGUGGUUAGUACCUACCAAAAGUGGUCCAAGAACCGAUGAACCGGCGAGAGGAGCGGCCAAGGCUCAUUGAUGUGCGUGGGGAGCGAAGGAAUUUUGGCAUGAUAAGGAGAAUUAUUACCAGAGCUAUUACUGGAGAUAAGACCAGAUCCCUUGUGUUCACAUGGGUGGGCUCAAAGUCACUAAUUUACCUACAGUGAAACAAGACACCCCCAAAGACAAUGCCUCUUAUACUGGCUUAUAUGGUCAAUCACCUACAAACAGUAGGAAAUUACAGCAGGAUCUUAUAAUCCUACAAAAAUGUCCGGAGAGCGAAACCGCAGGUCGCUGGCUUUCCGAGGAGGUGGAUUAGCCGUCACCAGUGCCAGUGCUGUUGGAGGAGGCAGCAACGGGAACAGCUGUGAGGCCCCGGCCUGUCAAGAGCGACGUUUGAACGGGAACGAGCCGGAUCAAGAGGACGAUGGGGAUUUGGGGGCGAAAGGACCAUCGCUGGGGAAAGUCGAGGGAGGGGGGUCCGUGAGCGACGGCACAGAGCCGGAGGCAGAGGAGGACCCGGAAGGGGGCAGUUGGACAGCGGGGAAAGAUAACGACAAAGGCGCUUUAAACAACGUAAUGGUUAAAAAUGAGAGCUCCGGGGGUGGCUGUAGAUGGCCGAUCGGCAACGGCGUGAAGCGGGAGGAUGGGAGCACGGAAGCGGAGGAGGAAGCGGGCACCAGAAAGCACUUGGUGGAGAUGAGACCACAGACGCUGCUGCAGAAACACUCGCUCUUCCAAGCCUCCUGGUUGCAGGAGUUCCCCUGGCUAAAAUUUUGCCAGGAGACGGGGCUGAUGUCUUGCUCUUGGUGUCAUAACAUCGCCACUAAAAACAGCGACGAGUUGGUGAAAGGCAGUCGGAAUUAUAAGCGGGCCUUGCUGCUGAGACAUCACCUGUCCUCGGAGCACGGCAGGAAUGACCCGACCAAACAGGAGAUGGAAAGGCCAGAGGAUGCGGAGAGUCCAGAGGUGGAGGACUACAGGAGCAAGCCCAACGAGAACUCCUACUGCUAUCAGCUUUUGCAAGAGCUGGACAAGCAGCGCAAAAGCGGCAUCCUCUGUGACGUCAAAAUCGUGGUGAGCGGCCAGGUGUUCAGAGCACACAAGAACAUCCUAGUUGCUGGGAGUGGCUACUUCAAGACCCUCUACUGCCUGACGAAGAGUGAGAGCUGUGACCAAACUACAAUCACGCACCUGGAUGUGGCGGCCGUGCAGGGUUUUUCCGUCAUCCUGGACUUCCUCUACUCCGGCAACCUCUUGCUCACCAGCCAUAAUGCCAUCGAGGUGAUGUCAGUAGCGAGUUUCCUCCAGAUGACCGAGGUGGUCCAGUCUUGUCAUGCAUUCAUCAAAGACGCCCUCAACAUCAGCAUUAAGCAGGAGGCCCCCGACUCGGUGGUGGUGGACUACAACAAGCGGCGGACGGUGGCGAAAGACUGCCAGGGUGCCGACAAGAAGCCCAGCAGUUUUUGGGCCACCAGCAUCCUGUCCAAGCUGUCCAUCAAGGCCAGCGGUCAAGUGAAGGAUGAACCGAGCGAUGUGGAGGUGUCAGGGGGAGAAGGCUGUGCAUUGGGAAGCUCCGGAUGGGGAGGCGAGAACUCCUCAGAGUCCACAGAGACGGAGCCACAGGGACCAGGUGCGGUGUUCGCCUGGAACGAGCCAGAUCCUGGCACUGUGGCCACGGUCAAAAUGGAGGUGCGUCCGGAACCAGGCAGCGGCAGGCGGAAAAAACAGAUUGCAAGGCGCUUCGUCUACAACAUCCCUCCAGAGCCAGAAGAGGGUUUUGACGAGGGCAUGUUCAUCCAACCAUCUGCUUCCUACACCAGAGAGGACUACUCCUACCUCUCAGAAAAUGCCGGUGAAGCAUCUGAAAACGCCCUAAAUAAGCUAAAGUGUCCCCACUGUAACUACAUUGCCAAGCACCGGCGAACACUAAAGAGACACCUGAUCAUCCACUCGGGUGUGCGUUCCUUCAGCUGCGACAUCUGCGGAAAGCUGUUCACUCGCAGAGAGCACGUUAAGAGACAUUCCCUGGUUCACAAAAAGGAUAAGAAAUACAAGUGUAUGGUGUGUAAGAAGAUCUUCAUGCUGGCAGCCAGCGUGGGCAUACGGCACGGCUCUCGGCGCUACGGCGUGUGCGUUGAGUGCGCUGACUCCCACCAGGGCUCUCAAGAGGGUCUAGAGGGCAUGCAGGACCUAGAGUUUGCCCGUGACGAAGACUUCGAGGAGGCUGGAGAGGGAGACGAGGACAUGGAGGCAGAAGGGGAGGAGCCCAAUGAGAUUGACCAAUCCAACUGUGAGGGUGACGUGGGUGGCACCCCCGAGGAGGACUAAUUUAAACAUAACCUGGUAGAAAAACAAAUCAAAAGAAAAGAAAAAAAAAAUAGCUGGGAAACAAUCAACUAUUCCAAAGUGCUAUCAAACCUCUUUGUUGCACGUGAAGUUAUGUCAAAGAGAUAUAUAGCUUUGUUUGAGAGAGACUCCAAUAUUUAAAGAUUGUUUUAUGUGUAAGAGUAUGGGCUUUAUGCCUGUCAGAGGAAGAGGUAUAAUGAUAUAUAACAAAAAAUCAGGUUUUUCUGUGAUGUAUUUUUUCUUUUGUAUGGGUUGAGGGUGUACAGCGUUUUUGAGUUAUAAUAGGCCAAUCAUAUUAAAAGAAAUAUUAAUUAUUUAAUUUAUGAAGAAAAAUAAUAUGGUCUUAUGAAAUGAUAGAAUUAGAUUUGUUUUGUAUGUCUGCUUAAUUUGUUUCACUGCGCUUCCUGAAAGAUUCGAUCGUAUAUUGCUCAAGAGGAUUAUCUACACAGGAAGAUUUUUUUUUGUUUUUGUGUGUUUCCUUUCUAGCUAAAUGUCAUGAAAUUAUUUUAUAUAUAUAUAUAUAUAUAUAUAUAUAUAUAUAUAUAUAUAUAUAUAAAAUGUGUGUAUAAAUUUUCCUUACCCUGCACAAAUCUUGGAACCAAAAAUCUGUUUUGUGACUCUAAUUCACAACAGCCAUAUUUAUAAUUAAGUUAUACAGGGCUGUUAGAUCGUGCCAAGCAGAAUGCACACCAAGAUUUGCAGGACACAAACUACUGAAAAUGCUGAGAGAACGUAAAGCAGAGAAAUAGAUGGAAAAUUAUCAAAUAUAAGGGGAAUAUAUUAUUGCUAGCUUUAUUUGGAUCGCAGCAUCACAGUAACACUUUAUAAAGCAUUUUGACAUUCACUUAAAGCUUGAAUUUUGCCAAAUGAUGGAAACGUUUGGUGCUGUAACGCUUUUAUUUUUAUCAUGUUUAAAUAUUGGACCUACGAGCUGUAUAUGAUGAUAAUAAUCGUAAAGCCUACUCAACUCAGUUAUACUAGUCAGCUUUGUAUUUUACACUGUUGUGCUAAGGAGCCUAUCAGGUGUGCUUUUUCCGUUUUUAACGUCUUUUCUAUUUAAUGCACAUUCACACUCAAACAUACCAUUUUUGUUGUUAAAACUACUGGCAGUACUUGUAUAGGUGGAACAAUCUGAUGUCCUUGACCCUCCUGAGUUGGUUAGUGGUACUGAGCAUACUUGUAAUCACUUGAACGAACUGUGUAACGUUUUUGAAGAAUGCAGAUGAUCGAGGUUGUUUCCAGUAGAUUCCCAAACUUAAUUUUGGUUCCCCCGUAACAUUUGUGAUGGUUUUUUAUUUAGUUGAAGAGAUUAUUUUGACUUUGUUGUGUGUCUGCUGAGUGGAAAACACUUUGCUCAUGCUAAUGUAGAGUGGAAGGUCUAUGAUAACGCAUAGACAGGCACUUACUACUCUGUGUUCAACAAUUUCUUAUUUCCCCAAAGCCGGUCUGGAUGGAAAUAGAUUUAAACUGUUGUGUUUUAUUCCAUGCGGAACUUUCUUUUUUUUUUUUUUUUUCAUUAUUUAAUGCUAUAUAUGUAUUGACUCCAAAUGCAAUCAAGACUGUUAAUUUCUAUUUGUCCUACCAAAAUCAUUGUUUAAUUCUUAAAAAUAAUGUAUAAGAAAACCAGGUAAAAUAUUUAGUGUAGAUCCUUGCUUGUGUAUGUUGUCAGAAUUAAAUGUUUUUAUUCUAAAAUCUAUAAUUCACUUUACCCUUAGAUGCAUAUAUUGUUUUUAUCUGUCCUUCCUUUUUGAGCUUUUAUUUUGUUUUUGUUCAUACCUUGUGUUUUUUAUUUUAUUUUAAGCACAUACACUGGUGGCCAAAAAUUUGGAAUAAUGUACAGAUUUUGCUAUUUCGGAAGGAAAUUGGUACUUUAAUUCACCAAAGUGGCAUUCAACUGAUCACAAAGUAUAGUCAGGACAUUACUGAUGUAAAAAAAAAAACAGCACCAUCACUAUUUGAAAAAAGUAAUUUUUGAUCAAAUCUAGACAGACCCCAUUUCCAGCAGCCAUCAUUCCAACACCUAAUCUUUGAGUUAUCAUGCUAAAUUGCUAAUUUGGUACUAGAAAAUCACUUGCCAUUAUAUCAAACACUGCUGAAAGCUAUUUGGUUCAUUAAAUGAAGCUUAACAUUGUCUUUGUGUUUGUUUUUGAGUUGUCACAGUAUGCAAUAGACUGGCAUGUCUUAAGGUCAAUAUUAGGUAAAAAAAAAAAAAUUCUUCAAAGACAAAGGGGAUCAGCUAGACUGUAAGGUGUGUGUAGAAGUGCCCGACAAGACAGCCACAUCUAUGGCAAGUGCUACAGGAAGUGUGGGGUGAAAUGUCACCUGAGUAUCUGGACAAACUGGCAGCUAGAAUAUCAAAGAUCUGCAAAGCCGUCAUUGCUGCACGUGGAGGAUUUUUUGAUGAAACAUCUUUGAAGUUGUUUAAGUACAUUUUUUUCAGAUUGUAAUAGUAAUUUUUCACGUUAUUAAUGUCCUGACUAUACAUUGUGAUCAGUUGAAUGCCACUUUGGUGAAUAAAAGUACCAAUUUCUUUCCAUAAGAGCAAAAUCUGUACAUUAUUCCAAACUUUUGGCCGCCAGUGUAUUUUAUAAGAAAUAUUGUCUGUUGGUUAAUUCCUAGGAAUGAGUUUCUGUUCAUAUGCAGUGGAUAUAUUGAAGUGCUAUACUGAUACAGAAAUGGUCUAUCUUUCCCUUUACUCGAGAUGAAAAUGUAUUUUAAAAGCUGUAUAGAAGAUCCUGUUUGUAUUACUUGCCUUCAGAUCACUGUGGGAGGGAUAUUAUAUAUAUACAUACUGUGUGUAUAUAUAUAUAUAUAUAUAUAUAUAUAUAUAUAUACACACACAUAUACAUACAUACACUACCGGUCAAAGGUUUUGAAACACACUCAUUCUUCAUUAUAAUUUUUUUUUUUUUUUUUUUUUCACAUUUUAGAAUAAUAGUAAAGUUAUCACAGCUAUGGAAUAACAUAAAUGGAAUUAUGUUGUGACUAAACAAAAUCCCAAAUAAAUCAAAACUGUGUUAUAUUUUAAAGUAGUCACCCUUUGCCUAGAAUUUGCAGACAUGUACUCUUGACAUUUUCUCAACCAACUUCUUGAGGUAUCACCCUGGGAUGCUUUUUAAACAGUAUUGAAGGAGUUCCCAUCUAUGUUGGGCACUUAUUGGCUGCUUUUCUUAAUUAUUUGGUCCAAGUCAUCCAUUUAAAAAAUAAUCAGUUUCAUAAAUUUUAGUUUUAUAAUGAAUUAAAUUAAUAUGGUGGCACAACUGUAUUUUUGUCUACAAAACUAAUUUCAAACAUUUAAGCAUACGCCUUCAGAUCAAAAGAUUUUUAAAAUCAUGAGAAACAUUUCAGUCAAGUGUUUCAAAAGUUUUGACCGGUAGUGCAUGUGUGUGUGUAUAUAUAUAUAUAUAUAUAUAUAUAUAUAUAAAUGAAAAUUGAUUAAUUAUAUAUAGAUAGAUAUUUAAUUAGUUGAUUUAAAUGAUGGCACACCGCUGCAGUUAACUGGUUUCAAACCUUGGCCUGGCUUUUCACUGACCUUUUCUAAUUCUGUUCACAUGCUUGUUCAUCAUUUCGGUUUAUAUUUUUCUUGUUUUGUCUGCGUAUCUGUUCAGUUCACAACAAUGUACUCUUUAGAUUUAAUGCUGUAUAUGGACAUAACAGACAAAAAAGAAGAAAACAACACUACAGAUGAAGGUUUUUUUCCAGCUGUAUUUUGUAAAAGCUGUUCUAAAGAUGUAUUUUUUCAACUCUCUUACAGUGAUGCAAACAGGGCCAUGGGCUCACCUCAAACACAAAUCAAAUCAGGUUUUUCCGGGAGGGGUUUUUUUGUUUGUUUUUGUUUUAAAUUAAUAAAAAUGUCCUUCUCUUUCAAUUGUACUACUGUUCCUCUAUGAUACAUUUUAAAAUAAAGCUUUGGUAUUUC